AUGAGUACAGAAAACUUUCGCUUCUAUAUUGAAGUGCGUACCGAACUUAACAUUCCACCAAGCGCUAUUCAUAAUGAAUUAUCUUCUGUUUACGGUGAUCAAGCUUCUUCUCUUAGAACAGUUCAAAGAUGGUCUAAAUCGUUUCGUGAAGGCCAAGAAGAAAUUGAAGAUAAAGUAAGACCUGGAAGGCCAAUCACUGAAGCUACAGCUGAAAAUAACGAACAAGUUCGUCUUUUAAUCGAUCAUGAUCCUUACAUUACAAUUGAAGAAGUGCAGAAGCAAACUGAUUUAAGUUAUGGAACUGUCCAGCGAAUCAUCUCGGUUCAUCUAAAGCUUAGGAAACUUACCGCUCGUUAUGUACCCAAGAAUCUGAAUGAUUUUCAACGGUCAGAGCGAGUUCGAAUAUGCAAGAAAAAUUUAGCAAAAUUCCAAAAAGGAACAUGGCGCUUGUAUGAUGUAAUAACUGGUGACGAGUCAUGGUUUUAUCAUCAACAGAUCGGUCGAAAGUUAUCAAACGCUGCGUGGGUGGCAAGAGGAGAUCCUCCACCUAUUGUAUGUGAUUCAACGCAGUAA